UCUAGAGCUGAUUUGCAACCCGCCGAAACAGAUCUGGAGAAGAAGGAAAAUGUCUCCUGUCUCCACACGCACCGUUCUAGGAUCAGCUGGCCGUUAGGAAAACGCAAACAGCAAAGUGACCCCCGUUUGUGUUUUUUCUGUCUUAUAGACUACCCAAAACUGACACUGCGACAAAUACAGAAAGGUUCAGGAGAAACUCUCGGCACAAAACAGUCACCCAGGAAGUGAAGAGGAAGUGACAUCAGAGCAAAUGGAACCAAAUCCCAGCCUGGCGGGGGUGGACUCCCAGGGCAACAUGGUGUUCAGAGUGGUUAAGCCUGUCAUGGGCAUCUUCCAAGUCUCCUCAGAACAGACCAACUCUGUAGGACAUGGGGGGUCGCAGCAGAUGAUGGUCGGGGGGCUGACAGGGUUACCAGGGUUAUCCAACCUCCCCUCCAUGGUGCUGGGGGAUGGACAGGGACAGGACCAGCAGCGAAUUGGGGACGUGAACCAGAUGCAAGCCCAGAUUCAGAUCCCGGCAGGGGACAUGACCCAGGUUGCCGCUCCAAACCACAACCACGUACCCCAUGUUCCAUUUGCAGAGGUGUCGUCUCUCCUGGACCCCAACAUGAAGAGUUCCAAGGCCCGUAAGUACCUGAUUCCCUAUGACGAGAUCAAGCGUCGUCUGGAGGCUCCAGAGAAGAUGUCUCUGCGUUCGCUAGCAGCCUACACCAGGGUCAGCCGUGGCCCGGCCAGCAAGAAAACCCUGCAGGAGUCUCUAAAUAUACUGGGCCUUACUCCUAGCACUACUACAUCUGUGUCUUCCUCCUUUUCCAAGCUCACAGAGGGUGACACCAAAGCCCUGUAUAACGACAUGAAGGACUUUGCCCAUGACUACAUGGACUUUGGCAACAUGGCCAAGCAGCUUAUACCAGAGACCAACCCUGUCCAACACUGGUCCAAGGUUAUAGAAACCAGGAGCCACCUGGAGGCGAUGAGGAAGUGCUUCCGUGACCCGGUCAACAGUGCGUUGUUCGACAACGUGACUCACGGCCUGGGCCUCGGGAUGCUCGACGCCGCCCUCGACAUGAUCACCAUGGUGAUCGACAAACAAAUUCGCAUCCUGUCCGGCGCCGCAGCAACCGAUCCCGUCGACACCGGCCCGCCAAUGAGACGCAUGCGCCGCCGUCAGCGCAAGCCCCGAGGCAACGACAAACCGCACCGGUCGGCGGGCGUUGUUAAAGGUCAAGGGAAAGGGGCAGGGAAGGGCAAAGGAAGGGGCAGAGGCAGGAAGAAGGUGCGGCUGCAGGAGUCUGGAGCUCCGGUUGGUGUUGCCAUGGAUACAACCCAGCAGCAGGAUCAAGAGCAUUGUCAGCCGGAAGAUGUGGAGAGCAGUGUUCUCACACUCGUCUCCGUUGGUUAUGAGACCAUCUCCAGCGGCUUCAACACCACAGGACAGAUUUGAAGACGUUUAACGGUUAAACAAGCAAUGCUUAACACAGGUUUCGGACUUCGCUAAACAUUUCUUCCGGUGGGGAAGCUGGGAGCGGAACUGUCUUAGUAACGUUGUGGAACAUUGUGAUGUUUAGACACAACUCUGGUCUGGCCCACAGAACCCCACUGAGAGGGAGGCGUUCAGUGACGUCACAGCAUUUUGGUUUAUAAUUUUAGUUUAGUUUUUGAGUGUUGCAGCUGUUGCCUACUGAUAAAUUCAAUCAGUUGAAGUUAGAUUUUUUUGUCAGUCAGCACAGAGGUGACGAACGCAGCUUUGUUGAAGUGGAAAUCAAGUCAGUCGAAAGAGAACUGAUUAUAUUGAAAAACCUACAAUGUAGAAAUGAGUCUUAAUUCUGUUCUUUGGAUAAGGCCAUCCCUUCAUUUCACCUACUCAUCUGGUAUUGGAUAGCCCAGUUUAUUGAUAUAAUGAGUAGGCCAGUUAUAGCCCUCUCUCAAUCUCCAUGAUUGUAACAUUGGGAACAUAUCCAGCCAGUACUUUGUCAAUGAUUGUAUGUUUAUAUUGAAACCUGGAUUGCUGAAAUACUUGUAUUAAAGCUUUAAUUUUAUUAA